AUGGGAAAAACAUUGACGGAGUUGGAAUUUGCGACAGCAGCCCGGCAUUUUUUUGAUUUUUCUCAACGAUUACUGGACGAUUGGGAGCUAGUAGAAGCACCUUCAAAUAAUGUAGUUUAUUUGAAAAAGCUGUGCAAACAGCAACUGAACUUAUCAGCUGAUUUCAAUGCAACGGACACUGGUUGCGAGGAACUGCCCCUAGAGGAUGUGUCCACUGACGUACCAGCAGAUAAUGUCCAGCUAUACAACUGUGAGUACCACAUCGUAUAUAGUACCAGUUAUCAAGUUCCAGUUUUAUACUUCAACAUUUACAAGUCAGAUGGAACAAUGUUAACGUUGGAAGAGGCUUGGAAAGGAUUUCUAGAAUUUUCCGGAGAGAGCCGAGAACAACUACGGCAAACUUUAACCCAGAUGGAACAUCCCGUACUGUUCAAACCAUUUCUAGCGCUUCAUCCUUGCCAAACUGCGCAGGUUCUCGACAAUGUAAGCGGGAGCGGUAACCUGAUUGUAGCGUUUGUUUCCUCCUACGGCCCUUGCGUUAGUUUGAAUCUCGACAUAAGGUAUGGCAGACUCACGGACAGCACGAACUUCACCACGAGUGAAUCAUCAUAGUGUAGACGUCGGCCAGAUACGAGGUUUUCAAUGCAUGUUAUAGGAAGUCAUGAAGGUAAAAUGAAAAUCCCAAAAUGGGACUGUCACGAGAUAUUUUUGGAAAUUCACUAUCGAAAAAUGCACAAAAGUUGAGCACUGUUAAAACUGUUUUAACAAUGUACCUAAGCGAAAAGUCACCCAGUAGGCCUCAAGCUACGACACUUGUUCAAAUCACCAGUUAUCAUACACUGGAAUCUCGACUGUUAGAGACAAUAGAAUCAUAGCACUAGCCACAGAACUGUCUUGGAAUUCUCGUACAAUAACAGUUGGCUCCUGUCGAACAAAAAAGUCGCCGUAUACGUUCGGAAUGCAGCCCAAUGGCUUUGCUCUACUUUUCGCCAUACGCCCAUACUCAUUGUACAUACCAGAACAAUGAAUUUUAAGCAGCUUCAAAUUAUCCUAUCACAGAAUAGUACCAACUUCACUCUUUUGAAAGAGAUUAAUGAAUGCAACUGAGCAGGGUUGAUUUGCUCUUUUUACUUCGUUUUUGCUCUUUUGACUACAGCGCCUCAGCCAAAGAGAAUUCGAAAAAGUGAUUUAUAGGAAAGUGUAAAGUUACUUAUUAUCUACAAUAUUAUUAAAGAAAGUAUAGUUUAAAGUUUUGUGUUUAUAGCG